ACCGCCCUCCUAGAGACUCCCCGCCUGGACAGACAGUCAUGUGAUGGGAAAGCUGAGGGCCGCCACUUUAAACAGAUGGGCAUUCAAAGUUUUCAUGUGCCAGCUGGCAAAAUGCUGAUGUAUGACUAUAUGCCCAUUAAGCAAGAACCAAUGGAACCAUACUAUCCUAUAUACAUACCCCAAAACCAAGAGAAAACAUCGGAAAAAUACCCUUCAAUGUAUUCCAGUGGACAAAGCAUCAGGACAUUUUCACACCCUGAUGGAUUGUUAUGUGAAAGCCAGAUGGAACCAGUAGAUUUAUCUGUGAAGCCACGGAAUUCACCCCCCAUCUCAUCAAGUUCACCUUCUUCACCAUAUUCAUUGACCAGCCUAUCCAACACUAGUAUGCAAGGCAUAAUGCCUCACUGCAGCCCAACACAUAAAAGAACUUCUCCAAAUGUUCCACCUCUGACCAUACCCAUGCCUUUUCCAAUUCUGCCUAACACAGGACUAUCCAGUCAAGGGAUUUUUUCAGUUAUACCAUCAGUAGUGGUGCAGCCAGUGUCUCUGCUUUAUUCUCCUCAUCUUUCUCAACCAUUAAUGGUCCCCUCAGUGAUGAGUGAUGACAUAAGAAGUCAUGCUAAUCAAGUUAAUUCAAGGCAAGAGGAAGACAUUAACAAAGAAUACAUCCAUUCCAUUAAACAAGAGCCAAAGCAAGAGAAAGAAUGUUACACUGAAGAAGUUUCAUCGUCUGUCAUUACUACACCACACAUGCAAAUGCUACAUGAAAGUCACACACCCUCAGUUAUUGUUCGGUCAAUCAAGCAUCCCCUCCCUGUGGAAUCCCCAGAUACUGUGAGAAAACGACGCAUUCAUAGAUGUGACUAUGAAGGUUGUAACAAAGUCUACACGAAAAGUUCCCAUUUGAAAGCUCACAGACGAACACACACAGGUGAGAAGCCGUACAAAUGUAUGUGGGAUGGAUGUACUUGGAAGUUUGCCCGCUCUGAUGAACUCACAAGACACUUUCGCAAGCAUACUGGAAUCAAGCCAUUUCAGUGUCCAGACUGUGACCGCAGCUUUUCCCGCUCAGACCACUUAGCUCUUCAUAAAAAGCGCCACUUGCUCGUUUGAACAAAAAAGAAAACCUCCUGCAAUUACAAAAAAAUCACAGGGAUCAGGUCCAGCUGGCCUGGAUCAUUAGAAAUCUGUCAUACGUAUUGUUUUCAUUGGUCAGUCAGUACAGUUGUACAGUAGCAGAUAUUGCUAACAUUUAAGUAAGGUUUUUCAUAAACCACGGGUCAGACCUAAAUAAUGUGAACAUGACUUUUUCCUUUAUCUGUGUUAUUGUUUUUUGAGUAAAUUGAAUACAAAAUACAUUACAAAAUAGAUGUGGACAGUGUUUCGGUUCCUUUUAUGAUUCUUUACAUUUAUAACAUUUUUAUUAUGUUUAUUGAGGAAUUUAUUGCCAGUGGUUUGUUUUUGUCAAAAGUAUGAAUUUCAAUACCAGGUAGUACUGGGUAUUGUGUUACCUUUAAUGUUUUCUUUAUGUUCUAGGCAUUUGGUAAAAAGAAAUAUAUAUCAAUGUAUUUUUAAUAUUCACUUGGCUUACACUAUAUUAAUUUGAAGGGCUUGUUAACUAAUACAAAUGUGUCAGUUGAUAUUGUAAAAAAAUUAUUUGUGCUUACUUUAAACAAAACAAGGUAGUCUAAAACAGCAAUGACCAAAUUUUCAGCACAUCAAUAGGUUUAAUUUUUCUCAUGCAUGUCUCUGUUAAUGGGAAUUCCCCUCAUUUGGAAGCAAAUGUUCCUUGCAAAGAGAUAUCAUUUGAGUGAACUAAGGCUCAAACCAGGGAACAUCUACAAAUAAAUGGAAUUAAGAUUUAGUGAAGGCCAAUUGCAUGGUGAAAACUGAAAAGAAAUACUAAAAGGCAAUUUUGUAGCCAUAGCUCCUUCCUGAUUUGUCAUUACUACAGUAAAU